AUCACCCCGAAUCACAAAGAUUGUGACUCGCAGGCGCUCUUUCAGUGCUGGUGAACUUCAGUUCAAAAGCUCCACGUGCAGAAAGGGAUUUGAGCCCCUAUUUUAUUUUUAAGAACCCGAAUCACCUGGGGAAAAAAUUUCUCUAAAAUCCCUGGAAACGUCUGCAGCGGUGUGGAACCCUGAUCCUGGAGCUUGACGGCAGAUAAGGUGCGACACUUUUGGUUCUAAGUAGUCCUGGGUCAUGACUGGAAAUUGGGAAUAACAACGCCUAUUUGUUUUUCCAGUAACGCUGCGCUGUACCGUAAUCUUCUCGCCGGUUUUUAUUUCCCUGUGGUACCAGCUCCUUGAUGGUCAGGGGUUGGGCCUGGUCCGGUUCAUCCCCAGGCCGGCACAGUGCCCGGACCCACGUCUGGGGAAACGAAUGAAUGGGAAGUCGUCGGGAGGCGGUAGGGACAAGCGGCAGGACAGCGCGCGUCCCGCAUCGAGCACUGGACCCCAACCGUCGGCCCCGCCGUCAGCAAGGUUAACAGCCACCGUUCCCAAGGCUCCCGCCUAUCCUCCCAGGAUGCUCCGCGCCAGCUGCGCCCGGGGAUUGGCUGCGCCACCUCACGUGAUGACGGCGGCGGUUGCCGGGGCGACUGCUGUAAAGGUGGCGGCCGAGCCGGGUAGGCGCGAGUGUCUGAGGCAGAGCAGCAGAUUUUUGCUGUGAGGAUUGACAGUAACAGUUCAAUAUGGGGGAUAUUCUGGCUCCUGAAUCAGAAUUACUUGGACUAGUGAAAGAGUAUUUAGACUUUGCCGAAUUUGAAGACACCUUGAAAACAUUUUCAAAAGAAUGCAAAAUAAAAGGAAAACCAUUAUCUAAAACAACAGGUGGCUCUUUAAAGGACUCCCAAUCAUUGAUAAUCCAGAAGGACCUCAUUGCUGCAUUUGACAGUGGAGACCAGAAGGUGUUCUUCGACUUGUGGGAGGAGCACAUUCCCAGUUCCAUCCCAGAUAGAGACUCCGUUGCCCAGAAGUUGGAGUUCUACCUUCACAUCCACUUUGCCAUCUAUCUUCUGAAACACUCCGUAGGGAGACCUGACAAAGAGGAACUGGACGAAAGGAUUUCUUAUUUCAAAACCUACCUGGAGACCAAAGGGGCAGCACUGAGCCAGACCACGGAGUUUCUGCCUUUCUACGCCCUGCCUUUUGUUCCCAACCCUAUGGCCCACCCCUCAUUUAGAGAGCUCUUCCAGGAUUCUUGGACUCCAGAAUUAAAGUUGAAGUUGGAAAAGUUUCUGGCUUUAAUUUUUAAAGCCAAUAACACACCAAAGCUUUUAACAUUAUAUAGGGAGAAUGGACAAGGUAACAAAGAAAUGCUGCAGCAGCUCCACCAACAGCUGGUAGAAGCUGAGCGUAGGUCGAUGACAUACCUGAAGCGGUACAAUAAACUCCGGGCGGACUACCACAGGCUCAUUGGAGUCACGGCAGAGCUGGUGGACUCCCUGGAGGCGACGGUCAGUGGCAGGAUGAUCACGCCCGAGUACCUCCAGAGCGUGUGCGUCCGCCUCUUCAGUAACCAAAUGCGGCAGAGCCUGGCGCACAGCAUGGACUUCACCAGGCCCGGGACGGCUUCAACCAUGUUAAGAGCCUCCUUGGCACCUGUGAAACUGAAGGAUGUCCCAUUACUGCCCUCUUUGGAUUAUGAGAAACUGAAGAAGGAUUUGGUUUGGGGGAGUGACCGCUUGAAAGCCCUCUUGUUGCAGGCUCUGCGCUGGCGCUUGACCGCAUCCCAUCCUGGAGAGCAGAGGGAGACUGUUCUGCAAGCCUACGUCAGCAAUGACCUCUUGGACUGCCAUAGCCACAGCCAGCGGAGUGUGCUUCAGCUGCUGCACUCAAAGAGCGACGCGGUGCGGCAGUACAUGGCCCAGCUCAUCAAUGCUUUCGCGUCCCUGGCAGAAGGUCGCCUCUACCUUUCCCAGAACACGAAGGUGCUGCGGAUGCUGGAGGAAAGGCUGAAGGAGGAAGACAAGGACCUUGGCACACGGGAGAAUGUUCUCGGGGCCUUGCAGAAGUUCAGCCUCAGGCGCGCACUGCAGACAGCGAUGAUUCGAGAUGGCCUCAUCUUCUGGCUGAUUGACAUUCUGAAGGACCCCGACUGCCUGUCUGACUAUAUGCUGGAGUACUCGGUGGCUUUGCUCAUGAACCUCUGCCUCCGGAGUGCAGGGAAGAAUAUGUGUGCCAAGGUGGCCAGUCUUGUGCUGAAAGUUCUUUCGGAUCUGCUUGGCCACGAAAACCACGAGAUACAGCCAUAUGUGAAUGGAGCUCUGUACAGUAUCCUUUCUAUUCCAUCUAUUCGUGAGGAAGCAAGAGCAAUGGGAAUGGAGGACAUCCUUCGCUGCUUCAUCAAAGAAGGCGAUGCUGAAAUGACCCGCCAGAUUGAAUUUAUCAUCAAGCAGCUUAAUUCAGAAGAGCUACUGGAUGGGGUUCUUGAAUCCGAUGAUGAAGAGGAGGAAGAUGAUGAAGAGGACCAUGACACUAUGGAAGCUGCUCUGGACAAAGAUGAACUGAUCCAGCCCCAGCUUGGAGAACUCUCAGGGGAGAAGCUUCUGACCACAGAGUACUUGGGAAUCAUGACCAACACCGGGAAGACGAGGCAGAAGGGGCUGGCCAGUGUGCAGUGGGGCAGCAGCGAGCCCCUGCGCCGGCCAGUCACGCCCAGCGGCCACAGGACCGGGUGCCCAGUUCUGGAAGAGCAUCGCAUUUCUCCCCAGAUGGCUCAAAAUGCCAGAAACAGCUGCCUGCCACCCCUGCCCAGCGCCCACCUUCCCGUCUACAAGGAGGGCAAGCACCGUGACUCUGAGCCCUGUGUUUCCUCUUCGUCUGCCAUGGAUGCAAUGCCAGGAGAGUGGCUGCUGGCAGGACAUCAGGGAGAGCUGCACCGGCCCCCCACAGGGGCCCCCAGCUUGCCGAGGGAGGGGCCCAGGGCUCCGGGCAGUGGAGACACCGCCAGGGAAUUUACCUCAGCCGUCACCUGCAAGCCCUGGGCCCCCCAUACCCCAAGGAUCCAGGACCUGAACGCACCCAAGGCCAGGGCCUCGGCUCUGGCCCCUCAGUUCUCCUCAGGUGGCCCCCAGCAGGCCAGCCGCCCGGGCUCCACAGUGUCCUCCACGAGGGGCCUGCAGAGCAGCCAAUCCCACAGGAAGUGAGGAAGCUUUCUUCUCCCGUGUCACCAUCCCAUUGCCUGAGGAUGAGCCUGCUUCCCGUUUUCAGCCUGUCAGCAGCUGCAGGUGACAGAUAUGAAGAGGCAGUUGUCUACAAGCCAGCAGGUGGCUUAAGGAGCUGAGGACGGCUCUCCGGCAGCCCGGGGGCAGGCCUACACAGCCCCACACAACCCAGGCCCUGUCACCACUCUCCCCUGGAUGCCCCUCACACACGGAGGAGGAGAGGGCUCCACAGAGCUGGGCAGACAGCGCCAGCCAAGCCAGCAAGCCGUUCCGAGCUCAGCCAGAGAUGGGGCCUUGGCCUCUGAGAAAAUCAGCUCCCCUCACUUGGACCAACUAGGAGGAAACAAAAGGGGUUUAGAAUACGGGGAACUCAUUUGCAAGC